ACGACGUCGACAUCCCGUCUGGGCAGGCUUAUCUAAGCGUCUCGGUGAUAUCACGGGAUGCUGGAAGCUGGAACGUUCGCCUUCUCCUCUUCGUAUCAAACAACAAACACAGCGUAAGUCGUCCGAGAGACGUUCCAAGAUGGGCGCUUUACUAUCUCUUCCGUUUAUGGCGCUUCCCGGCGUCGGCACGCUGCUCGGUUUCGGAGCUUCGUGCUGCGGCGCUGCGACCUGCUCAGCAGUAUGCAGUUCAUGCGGGAAGUUCCAGAGCAGUAUGGCGACGAGAAUCGCCUAUGCGUUCAUCCUCCUCGUCAACUCUAUCCUGUCAUGGAUCAUGCUCACACCUUGGGCGUUGAAGAAACUGCAGCAUAUGACCCUUGAUUAUAUGGAGAUUAGAUGUGAUGGUAAAGAGUGCUAUGGUUGGGUGGCUGUUCAUCGGAUCAACUUCGCUCUGGGGCUGUUUCAUCUCAUCAUGGCGCUCUUGCUUCUCGGUGUCCGGACAUCUAGAGAUAGCCGAGCAGCCCUACAGAACGGAUACUGGGGCCCGAAAGUGAUCGUCUGGAUCGGAUUUCUGGUCAUGUCGUUCUUCAUUCCCGAAUCUUUCUUCUUCGUCUACGGCAACUACAUCGCUUUCAUCUGCGCGAUGCUCUUCCUGCUGCUUGGUCUCGUCCUCCUCGUGGAUCUCGCGCACAGCUGGGCGGAGAUGUGCCUGGAGAAUAUCGAAGACAACGAGUCCAGGGUUUGGCGUGGCCUGCUGAUUGGAUCGACCCUUGGCAUGUAUAUCGCAUCCAUCGCCAUGACGGUCCUGAUGUACGUCUUUUUUGCAUCGAGUGGAUGCUCGAUGAACCAGGCAGCGAUCACGGUCAACCUUAUUGUUUUCCUGAUUAUUUCCGUGGUUUCCAUUCAGCCUGUUGUCCAGGAAUACAAUCCGCGAGCCGGGUUGGCGCAGGCGGCCAUGGUCACGGUUUACUGCACCUAUCUCACUAUGUCAGCAGUUUCAAUGGAGCCUGAUGACCGACACUGCAACCCACUCAUUCGUGCUCGGGGAACGAGGACUGCAACUAUUGUCCUUGGUGCGAUUGUCACCAUGGCGACAAUCGCUUACACUACCACGCGCGCGGCCACUCAAGGCAUUGCUCUCGGAUCCAAAGGUGGUCACAGCUACACUCGUGUCGGUACUGACGAUAACGAGCAUGGGCUAGUGACUCAGCAGCCCGUUUCGCGACGUGAGAUGAGAGCCGAAGCUCUUCGUGCCGCUGUUGAGAGUGGUAGUCUGCCUGCCAGUGCUCUAGAUGACGACGAUGACGAGUCUGACGACGGCUACGAUUCCAGAGAUGACGAAAGAGGAUCAACCCAGUACAACUACUCUCUCUUCCAUGUCAUUUUCUUCCUUGCGACCACCUGGGUUGCCACUCUCCUUACCCAGAACCUGGACCCGGAGGCGAACGAUGACUUCGCCCCAGUUGGUCGGACUUACUGGGCCAGCUGGGUCAAAAUUAUCAGUGCCUGGAUCCAUCAAAUCCAAUCUGGUCAAGUAAUAGUCGACCUCUGUUCCGUUGUCAAGGAGCUUGUUGAGAACAGCCUAGAUGCAGGCGCAACAUCUGUGGAGGUUCGUUUCAAGAACAACGGUCUCGACCUGAUCGAGGUACAGGAUAAUGGAAGCGGAAUUUCGCCCAACAACUACGAAAAUGUCGCUCUCAAACACUACACUUCGAAGCUGUCGAGCUACGAUGACCUGUCCUCCCUCCAGACAUUCGGGUUCCGGGGCGAAGCGCUAUCGUCACUGUGUGCACUCUCCGAUUUCCACAUCGUCACUGCCCAGGCAGAUGAAGCACCAAAGGCGAAACGCCUCGAUUUUGAGUUUUCGGGGAAGUUGAAGAAGACACAGGUCGUUGCGGGGCAGAAGGGCACCACAGUGUCGGUGGAGAAUCUAUUUCAGAAGCUACCUGUACGGCGACGGGAGCUGGAGAAGAAUAUCAAGCGAGAAUAUGGAAAGGUUCUGGGAUUGCUGCACGCAUAUGCGUGUAUCAGCACUGGGGUGCGAUUCUCUGUCAAGAAUACGGUGGGCAAGAAUAAAAACGUUGUAGUUUUCACCACCAAGGCGAACCCGACCACGAAGGAAAACAUCGCCAAUGUUUAUGGCGCAAAAACUCUCUUGGCUCUGAUUCCGCUGGAGCUUGAGCUCGAGUUUGAGCCCUCCGCAGCAGGAAGACGGAAAGCUGGACAGGACGUCAACAAGAUCCUUGUCCGCGGACAUAUCUCACGCCCAGUCUUUGGGGAAGGCAGACAGACACCGGAUCGGCAGAUGUUCUUCGUCAAUUCUCGGCCAUGCGGACUGCCCCAGAUAGCAAAGGCAUUCAACGAAGUCUACAAAUCGUUCAAUGUCUCCCAAUCGCCGUUCAUAUUUGCCGACUUUCGAAUGGACACGAAUGCCUACGACGUGAAUGUGUCUCCUGACAAACGGACGAUCUUGCUGCACGAUUCAGGAGCUCUUAUUGAAGCGCUGAAAGAGUCUCUGGUACGCUUGUUCGAAGAAGCUGACCAGACCGUUCCUCAGGCACGGUUCCAAACUGCAAAGCAGGUAGCACUAGAUCAACAUCUCCAUGUUGGGACUCAAGGCAGUAGAGACCCUACAGGAUCGUCGGAGGCAGAAGCUCCUCUCAAUGAGGAGUCGACUGAUGUUUCCUCAGAGGACGACCAGACAAGGCAUGAUAGAGCAAAGGCUAAGAUGAAGAGCUUCCUGGGUGCUUUAGCAGACCGCCGUGUGAGCGUGCCGGAGCAAGUCCCAGCCGAUUCACCGUCGCGUGAGGCUGUCAAGGCUACACAGGAGACAAUGCAUGAGCAUUCUAUUUCUCUAGAACCGCAAGAUGAGGAGGAGGAGAUCCCAUCUACCGGCACAGGCACUGAGGGCAAUGAAACCCAGCAGAACGUUCCACGGGCAACCAACGAACUGUUUGUGGAGGACGGACCUCCCUCGGGUCCCCCAUCGCCAAACGAACAGCAUAUUCCGGCACUUCGAGCGAGCUCUCAACAGGAGACGCCAAAUGUGAUCCAGAAUGCAUUCGAUCGAAUGCGGCGUCGGCGGCAACCUGCUGAGAUUGCUACUAUCACCGUGGGCGACAAGACAGUCACCUCUGUUAUCGGCAGCGGUAUACCUAGAAAGAGAUAUCUGGAGGCCACUGGUUCUCCAUCAGGUGCCUCUGCUUCAAGGACUAAACGGCGGGUUCAUACUCCGUCGCGGCCGAAUAUAUUCAGCCAAAGUCUGAAGGCCUUCGCUGCACCUGGCACACAGGUUGGACCAUCAUCGGAUGGUGAGGAGGAGGAAGAGGAGGAGGAUGUAGAAGACAUCCAGGAAGAGGAAGAAGAGGAAUAUGAAGAAGAGGAACAAGAGGGAGGAGCGGAAGAUACUAGAUCAUCUCCUGAACCAGAUCGGUCCAUUCCUGAUGAAACCGAAGAGCAAGCGGAACAAACACAGUUGGAUGAAUCUGCUGUUGAUGAAGCUGAAAUAGAAAUCGGCGGUGUGUCCGCUGAAUCAGAUGAGGACUAUGUCGAUGAAAAGGAAAAGAAAGCGCAGGACGAAGCGCGGGUCCAGGAUCUCAUUCGCGAAGCCGAAGAAAACGCGGCCUUGCCUUCACAAAGCAACAUCAACCGUGCCGACAAAUUGACCAAGGGCCUCACGCGGAGAGACUCCACCGUCCAUCUCAUGGGUAUGAUCAAUUGUUCAAUCUCGAGGAUUGAAUCUCAAAUAAAUGCCAUCCGGCAAAGCCUCAAAGCAUAUACCUCGACCACUCUGUCGUCCGUCGAAGACCAAGAAACGCCACGCACUGCUGAAGAACGGCUGUCACUAACGGUGUCGAAAGAUGACUUUGCUCAAAUGCGCAUCGCCGGCCAAUUUAACCUUGGCUUUAUCCUCGCGACACGUUCCUCUGUGGCUAGCCCGUCUAAAGAUGAGCUCUUCAUUAUCGACCAGCAUGCCUCCGACGAGAAGUAUAACUUUGAGCGACUCCAGGCAGAGACGGUCGUACAAAACCAGCGUCUUGUCCGUCCGAAGACGCUUGAUCUUACUGCGGUCGAAGAAGAAAUCAUCAUCGAGAACCAGAGGGCUCUGGAGAAGAACGGGUUCAUAAUCGAGGUCGACGACAGUGGCGAUGAGCCAAUCGGCCGUCGUUGCAAGCUCGUCUCCUUGCCCCUCAGCAAAGAAGUUGUCUUUGAUGUCCACGACUUGGAAGAACUGCUAGUGCUGCUCUCUGAAACUCCCGCGUCUGAUAUCUACACUCCACGUCCCAGCAAAGUGCGGAAGAUGUUUGCGAUGCGCGCCUGUCGGUCAAGUAUCAUGAUUGGAAAACCACUCACGCCCAAGCAGAUGGAGAAGGUCGUCCAGCACAUGGGCACGAUCGACAAGCCGUGGAACUGUCCCCACGGACGACCAACCAUGCGACAUCUGAUGACUUUAGGCCAGUGGAAUGAGUGGGAUGAGAACAGAGCUGAUGAGGACGAUGACCGGGAGAGCGAUGAUCUUGAUGUAUGGAAGAGGUAUUUCGAAGAGCACGGAGAACAGGAGGAUAUCGAAGAGGAGCGGGAAGACGAAGAACUGUGAUAGAUACGAUGUGAUAUUAUGGAUUGGAUACUGUGACUUGGGGCACAAAAUUUGGGACAGGAUUGGAUUUAUGGUGUCUCGCCAUUUUUGGAUAGUACAGUACAAAUAAUCAUGAAGCAAGCCAUUCUUGGUUGUCGUUGUUUCUGAAUAGCUGUAUCUUUUAUACGUCAGGCU